CGCUUCAGCUGCUUAGCUUCUUUAGCAGCAAUAGUUGGAUUCUGUCUGUGAAGUGCAGAAGUUUACCUUGGUCGUUAUCUUGGUUGCUGUCUUUCAUUCUUCAAUAUUUAUUCGUACCCCGUUAAGUAAAAGACGCGACAAUGUCUGAGAGAAAAGUUCUCAACAAAUACUACCCUCCGGACUUCGAUCCGUUGAAAAUACCAAGACUUCGGCUACCUAAGGACAGACAGUAUACAGUUCGUCUCAUGGCUCCUUGCAAUAUGAGGUGUAAGACAUGCGGCGAAUAUAUCUACAAGGGAAAAAAGUUCAACGCACGGAAGGAAACUGUACAGAACGAAGAUUACCUUGGGAUCAAAGUGUUUCGUUUUUACAUCAAGUGUCCUCGCUGCCUUGCUGAAAUUACGUUUAAGACAGAUCCGGCUAAUUCUGACUACAUCGUGGAGCAUGGCGCCAGCAGGAACUUCCAGGCUCUUAAGCUGGCUGAAGAGGCGGCCGAGCGUGAAGCCAGAGAAGAGGAAGAAGAAGAAAAGAACAACCCUAUGAAGCUAUUGGAGAAGCGGACAAAGGCCUCCAAGCAAGAGAUGGACCUGAUCGAGGCCCUUGAAGAUCUGAAGGAUCUGAAUAAGCGGCAGGCCAAUGUCAAUUUCGACGACAUGCUGGGACGCUAUGAUACUGAAAGGGAAGUUAUGCUCAAGAAACAAGAGGAGGAAGAUGAGAAGUUUAUUGCGUCUGUAUUUGGAAAAAAUGAAGGUGCCACAGUGAAAAGAAUUAUUGAAGACAGUGAUGAAGACAGCGGGGAAGAAGUGCCAAAGAAGCCAAAAACAGUGUAUGAAAAGCCUACAGAUAUCCUAGCCGAGAACUAUGCCCCACAGCCAGCGAAAACUGCAAGUCAAUUGACAGCACCUGGUUCGUCUGGGAAGGCCAGCUGUUUAAAGGCAGCACUUGCUGGUUUAGUGCGACCAAAAGGAUCAGGUGCUUCAGGAGGUAGUGGGACUACACUGCAAGCCCCUAGUUCUUCAAACAUGGCACCGUCGGGGCCAUCUUCGUCAACGGGACUUAGCCUGUUGGGCACGUACUCGGCAAGCGACGAGAGCAGCUCGGACUGAUUGCAGCGCAUAGCUGUGCUUGUACCACACGUUUUUAAUGCCAAGUGUCUCUACAGUGUACAGAUUUAUUUCAAUACUUUUAUAUGCUCGUUCUGAACUGUCACUGACGUUCUGCUGAAUUAAGAUGUCUGCAGCUUGUCCCAAUACACUAUUUUACUUUGGUUAUUCUCAAGUGAUACAGAACGUUGUGUUUGGUAAAAUUCUGUUUUACCACAGUAGUGCUAAGUAUCACUGCAUACUUGAAGUGACAGGGAGCCUAUUUUACUUUUGCAAAUUGCUAUGCAUCCUUUGGAAGGAUGUAGUAAUAUUGUAUAGGUGUACAGAUAAUGCAAUCAUGAGCUGCCUUAGUCUCAUUAAGAUAAGCACUCAUAGUUUCAUGACAGAGGAGAGGUCUGUCAAAGUGGUGCUGUGAUGGUCCUUCCCAUGGGUUGCGUGCAGUUCUUAGUGUAAAUAUGUAAGUGCGAUAGCAUUUUCAUGCCUCAUACACAUCAUAAGUGACUAGAAGCAAACAAAAACAAUAAAUGUGGAAGGAACAUGAAAGGAUAAAAAAUAAGUAAAUAAAAAGAAACAAAGGUGAAAGGAAAAGUAGUAGUCCUCAAAGUGAACAUAAUUGUCGUCUGUCUUGAUAAUAUUAAACUUUAUUCAUCAGCAUGGGUUCAGAAAAUCAUUUUCGUGCGACACCCCACUAUUUCAAUUCACAUCCGACCUGCAUUUUGACAUGGAUAAUAACCUUCACACUGAUUGUAUCUUUCUCGACUACUCUAGAGCAUUUGAUCACGUUGCUCACUCUAGGCUCAUUUCAAAGUUAUCUGCUCUCGGACUUGACUCACAAACGCUAUCUUGGCAUCGAAAUUUUUUUGACAUUACGUAGGCAGCUAACAGUAGUAAAUUCUUCUUCUCUUUCUGAUGUGACUUCUGGUGUACCACAGGGUAGUGUAUUGGGUCCUCUGCUUUUUCUAAUUCACAUUAAUGACUUACCCUCUAACAUUUCCUCCUGCAUGCGACCUUUUUGCUGAUGAUUGCAUUAUAUAAAGAGCUAUUAAAAGUCCUGAUGACCACACCUGCCUUCAAAACGAUCUUAACCUAGUCUAUUCCUGGUGUUGUAAUUGGCCAAUGACCCUCAAUUCUUCAAAGUGCAAAAUAGUCUAAUUUUCUUGUAAACAGUCAAAUUCUAACUUUUCCUACACAAUAAACAACUCUCCAGUGGCUCGGGCACAGUCAUAUAAGUACUUGGGCUUAAAUCUCAAGUCUAAUCUUUCAUGGAAAACCCAUAUCAUGAGCAUAUGCGCAAAGGCAUCCCAAACAUUAGGUUAUUUAUAUCGCAACCUAAGUCACUCACCUGCUAGCACACGCAAGUUAGCUUGUGUAACCUUCGUUCGUCCGCAGCUUGAAUUCGCCUCGUCGAUCUGGUCACCUCAUCAAGGUUACGUAAUUUUAAUGUUAGAAGCAGUACAAAACAGAGCUGCCAGAUUCAUCUCAUCCAACUACGACUGGUAUUCCAGUGUCACUCGAAAUAAAGUAGUCUAUUCCCUUUAAACAUUAUGUACUCGUAGAAAAAUCGCUCUGUUAUGUCUGAUACACAAAUACAUUCACGGCACAACACAAAUUGCCCCUUGUAACCCCACUACGUACAUUUAGGCGUCUUCAUAAUCACCUCAGCUUCACACGCCAUAGCACUCUGGAAUGAUCUUCCUGAUAGCCUUGUUUCUAUCGCUAACUGUGAAACAUUCCGCGAGAAUUUGCACUCUCACUUCUUGUAAACGUGGUGUUCAGUAUUGUAUAGAAUUUUUGUAGUCCUUAAUAAUGUUCUCUUGUUCUUGUUUAUUCUUUAUGUAAUUUUGUUGUACUUCCUCCCCAUCACUCAAUGUUCUGAUUGAAACCUGUGGUGUGUUUAUAAAUAAAUAAAUAAAUAACCGUUAAAAUUAUUGCAAAGCUUGCUGUUACAACCACCUCCCUCUGCAUGACGGCACAAGAGCCUCACAGAUUUAUUCCUGUCAGAGGCAGACAUAAGAGAAAUUCUCAGAAGAAAAAAAACAACAAACAGUGUAGCUAAGGCCAAACCAUGCAGAGAUUGAAAACCUACUGUACAUACUUAGGGUGCACAACAGUGUCAUCGCUAUUUUCCGGCUUGUGAGCAGCAAGAGGGGAAUAUCAUUCUACAGACGAAGAACAAAAAAAAAAAGAAAAAAAAUGUUAUAAGCACCAAGAAGGCGGCUGUGCUGUCCCUGUGUAUAUCUCCUUCAUUUCAUUUUACGUGCCAUUUUGCAACCCUGCAUAUUUUCAGAUUUGGUACUGCUUUGAAGACACAGGCUGGUCACUUGUUUCAGAGUGUACCCUUGACUUCACUAUGUAGUGACAUGUGUAUACUGUUAUUGUAGUAUAAAAGACUGCAUAACUACAUUA